AUGAAGCCGGUCUGCCCGCCCACUUGUCAGAGAAAUCGUGAUUCAACCUCGUCCUCGUAUGCAACUGUGCCUAACCAGGAUUCAAUCCCAGGUCAAGCCGAAACAUCAACGCUAUCCAUUGGCAUUCGAUCCGAGACAAUGCUAGGAUCUGACCACCGCAUUGAUUCCAACACGGCUGCUAGUACACCUCUUUCAAAAAUACCCUCCAAAUUCAUCAACAAUUUCCACCAAUCUUUUCCAAUAUUUGCAUCCUCUCACAAAUCACCUCCUAAGGAAACACCCCCAUCUGAGUCGAGAUCCCUAAUUGCUGCAUCUGCUUCAGACCAUCAGUUUACACUCUCUCCUACUGCGACUCUUCGAUGCCGAAAAGGACUAGAAUCAGGCCGAUCCACGGAUGAUGACUUAAGUGGUCAGCCUUUUUCUCAAGGAUGCCAAGGGACAGAUGUUGCCAGAUAUGCUCAACAAACUAGCUGGGGCGACUCAGAGCAAGAAAUUUCCAAAAAGUCCUCAAGCAAGGUGCCUUUCAAUACGAAUAAGCGUUCAGCCCUAGCCUACUGGAGAUACCCUUUGUCUGAUAAAGACUACAUACAGAAUUCUAAGCAAAAAUGGAGGGGCUCACGAUCAAUCACUAUCAUUCCAAGCUUGUUAAAUAGGAAAAACAAUGGUUCAACAGGGAAAAAAUUUCAAAGUAAUUCGAGAAUAAAGCCGAAAUCGUCCUACAAAAUACACCAGGCUUCAGAAAUACCCAUCCAAACCUCGUCAAAGAGACAGUUUAAGACUAAUUCUGACUUCUCUUCAAUGGAGCAGAGUAAAAUGGCUAUGAUAUGGAAUAUUGCCAAUCAAUCAGAUAUAGACUCAGAUCGGUUGCCGACCAACCAACCAUCUCAACUUAUCGCAUCGACACAAAUUGGUCGGAGCGAGAUCCCGAGAAAAUACGAGGAACAUGAUGCAUCGCGGCCAGCCAAAUUAAAAUGGCCUUCCAUGCAACUUGUGCAUUCUCCAACACCUCAGCAAUCCUAUCCACUUUCUCGCGAGAAUCGGCUCCUAGCCCUCAACGACCCGGUGAAGACCCAUAACAAACCAACCGGAAGAAUGGAGCUUUCAAAGAAAAAUAGCUUUUCUUCGCCAACACUUUUGAUAUCAGAUCGGAAGAGCUGGCAUUUCGGAGCUAAGCACUCAUGCCACGGCACAGAUCAGUCUUAUUCAAAUAAGAAACCUUUAGUUGAACCAAAUAUGAGCUCACGCUUAAACACCUAUUCGGAUGCCUAUACAGUUGUUACCUCCGAUGUGAAUUCGAAUCCUGACUUACGACAGAGCUAUAGCCCAACCUCUUCUCCUGAGCGCUUAAAGGGCUCGAAUACACCUAUUGCGGCCAGGGGCAUAUAUCGAGGCGGUUGGGCCGAGAAGAUGUUGAUCAAACAUAUUUUGGCUGACUACGAUGUGCGAUCACGUCCAGUUGUCGACGAGUGGUCACCAAAGCUUCUCAUUAAAAACGAGACAUAUCAACAGAUCUCUGUAGAAUUUGGUCUUGAUCUAUUCCAAAUACUCGAUUUGAACGAAAUGGAACAAGUGUUAACGACAAGUGUCCGAUCGCUUUACGUGCGCAUAUAA